GUUAUGCUUUACGCCACCGCGGCUCCGCCGCUCUGCUGCAGAGCAUGCAGCCAUGCCACGUUACCUCCUCGCCGCCGCCUUUCUCUCCCUCUUCCAAUUUCACAUCCCUCUGAAACAGACAAUGGAUCAUCAUCUCCUCCUCUUCAGCAUUCCACCAUUUUCUUCCGUCGUCGUCAUCAGGAGGAAUCAUGAGGCCGGAGAGUUUGUUAGCCUCGGCGGCGAUCAAUUUCGGAGUCGCCUUCAUCAUCCUCUUCCUCUUCUCCAUCCUCAAGAAGCAGCCGUCCAAUGCUCUCAUCUACUACGCCCGCCCUCUCUCCGCCUCCGGUACCGGCCGCUCCGCUGCCCCUUCUUUCCCGCCCCUCUCCCUCGCUCGAUUUCUCCCCUCCGUCGCCUGGAUCCCUAAGGCUUUCCACCUCUCCGAGGACCAGAUACUCCAGAUCCACGGCCUCGACGUCCUCGUUCUCUUCCGUCUCUUCAAAUUCGGCAUCAAUUUCUUCGGCGUUUCCUCCCUCCUCGGGCUGGCCGUGCUCGUUCCAGUGAAUUACGGCGGCGGCGAGGAUGAGGCCUCCAAAAUCCGGCAUUCCAUGGACCCUUUCUCCAUCUCCAAUGUCCCUACUGGUUCCAAUAGGCUAUGGGUGCAUUUCACUUGCUUGUGCUUCAUUUCCCUCUAUGGAUUGUUCCUACUUUAUAAGGAGUACGGUGCGAUCUUGAAUAAAAGGGUGCACCAGCUUCGAAUCUUGAGGCCUCGACCUGAUCACUUCACUGUUCUUGUGAGGCGAGUUCCUUAUUGUGUCGAACACGGGGCUUAUGGCUGUGCUGUUGAUCACUUCUUCUCCAAGUAUUAUCCUCACAGCUACCGUUCCUGCCAAAUGCUUUAUGAUGCAAAGGAAAUCGGUAAUCUGCAGGAGUUACCCACCGGCUUUGCGACAUUCAAGUAUCGUAGGAGUGCUGCAUUGGCUGCCCAGUCUCAGCAGCACUCACAUCCAUUACUAUGGAUCACUGAGAAGGCUCCUGAACCAAGGAACGUUUCAUGGAGAAGUCUGGCCAUUCCACUCCGGAUGUUACCGCUUAUCAAAAUUGCAGUGGUUAUUUUGGCAACACUGCUCACCCUUUUCUUUGCAGUCAUAGUCACAGGUGUUCAAGGAAUAGCCAAAUUCGAAAAGUUGGAGAAAUGGUUUCCUCCUGCCAUGGCUGUCGGACUGAUCCCAGGAUUAAGCUCCGUUUUGACGGGAUAUCUCCCUAGUGCUGUUCUCAAAGGAUGUGAAUACCUUGUCCCAUUCGCAAUGCUUGCCAUGGCUAAAAUGGGUGGAUCUGUCUCAAAGAGCAAGGAGGAGAUAAAAGCUUGCAACAUGGUCUUCUAUUUUCUAGUGGGGAAUGUGUUCUUCUUGAGCUUAAUAUCAGGGUCCUUGCUUGAUGAGAUUGGAGAGUCAUUCACUCAUCCUAGCAAUUUCCCUAGUCACCUUGCAAGUGCUGUUUCUGCCCAGGCGGAUUUCUUUGUGACAUACAUCUUAACCGACGGGCUGUCUGGAUUUUCAUUCGAGAUCCUUCAGCCUGCGUUGCUGACAUGGGAUGCAAUAGUUUUGCACACAUGUGGCAGAGGGGAGGGGCAGGAUCCCUACCUCUUUUCGAUACCUUAUUUCAGAGUCAUCCCUUCAGUCUCCCUUUCCAUAUUGAUUGGUAUGGUUUAUGCUGUCAUUGCUCCACUGCUGCUUCCGUUCCUUGUGGGCUACUUCUGUCUUGGCUAUAUCGUCUACAUGAAUCAGAUUGAAGACGUCUACGAGACUACCUAUGAGACAUGUGGGCAGUUCUGGCCAUACAUUCAUCACUAUAUAGUGGUUGGGAUCAGUUUGAUGCAAGUUACUAUGAUUGGUCUCUUUGGUCUGAAAUCCAAACCUGCUGCUUCAAUAGCCACAGUGCCGCUCUUGGUGCUUACUUUAGUGUUCAAUGAGUACUGCAAGAUACGUUUUCUUCCCAGUUUUCGAAAUAAUCCUAUCCAGGAAGCGGCUGAACUUGACGAGGAAGACCAAAAGAAUGGAGAGAUCGAAAUCAACUGCCAGAAUGCCAGCACCGCCUACGUGCAACCAAGUUUACGGAGAGUGAACCUCAUGAAACCAGAAGCGAAUUUAACAGAGCCGUUAAUUGCAUCCGUGUGAUGAUAUCUGCUGAAUUACAGUCUCUGCAAUUCUCAAAAGUAUAGUUCAUGUAUUAUAUAUACCCCUUUUUUACACAACCGAGUGGCUCUGGAUGAAACUAUACCGACUAUUGUAUGUAGAUUUUAGUCAUGUUUAUGGAGUGCAUACAAAAAUGUAUGCGGCAGCUUUUCGUUGUACCAUUUUCCGCAUUUGCCCGUAAGGUUUAGUUGAACAUGAAAGUGAACAAGGUAUCUCCCUGAUAGAAGGUUAGUAACAAACAAUAUUACAAGUAUGAAAAGAGGUGAUACUUACGACCUUGUAAAUCAAUAUCAAUGCCAUUCACAAUCACAGUACUCAGUACAAUACAUAUAACUUCACGGCAAGGCUACUAGUCCUUUCUGAAAAGUGGAAAAGGAAGAACAAAAGAACUCUGCCAGAUAUUAGCCAUCCCUUUCAGUGCGGAUUCUCUAUCGAAUUUGACUAUGCACAAGAAUAGUAAGUACAGGCGACAAUAAGAUUAGCCACGAAGGGAUGCUCGCGGAACAGAUGGUAGUGACAGAUCAUCCUCCGCCUGCCAAUCAAAUGGGAUGCAGGAAUUAUUGGCUGGAAAAGUGAAAAUAAAGAAAGGAAAGCCAGGCAAGCAGAUUCAUGAAAUGCAGGAAGCAUCAGGUCAACUCGGAUCUGCAUAACAAGCAGUGUCAAACGAUUCAAGAGGUUGGUUGACUCCUCCCAAAUCGGAUAGAAGCCACCAAUGUAAUGGACUUGCAGACCAGUAAACACAAUGACAUGUGCAUACACGAGACUACGAGCAGAAGGGAUCAACCUGUCUCUCAUCCAAACGCUGGUUAUCCGAUGCUUAGCAACGGAUAGGAAAAUGAAGCAACAAGAAUGAUCGAAUGUAAUCACCUGGGGUCUAGCAGCAUGUCCCAUAGGUGCUGUAGGCAGGUUGAGUUCUGCAUCCAGGUCUUGUUCCUUGUCAGGUUGCAAAUAUGAUGGCACACCAUCAGCUUCAGUUUCGAAUCCCAUGUCUGCCUCGAGAGCAUCAAGUUCUACAAUAGAAAAAUCAAUAAAGAUGGGAUAACUGU